AUGGGGCGUCUACCAUAUUGUGCAGAGGACCGUGGUACGACGGGAAUCCUGGAAGAGCGGGUCGAAACAUCCUGGUUAUGGGUAGUACCCGGAAUGUGGAGAAUCACAAAAUUCGCCGGGAGAAUAUGGGAUAAGGCGUUUACAGCCGCUGCUUUGAAGUAUUUUCAGUCGAGAAUGAUGCGGCUGAUUGAUCGGCCGAUAGACCAUUGUAAGGGGGAAGACGGAAGUAUCAUCGACAUUAGUGGCAAUAUCGAUCAUUUGUCAUUCGAUAUAAUGGGUGCUCUCACUUUUGGAGAAGAUUUUGGCAUGAUCAAAGGCACGGAUAAAGGGUCCCUGGAGGUUCGUUCGUUUUACGACCAGAGAUUCGAAGCACGUUACCAGAGAGGUGCAGAGGUCCGGGGAGACAUUUUCCAGUAUCUGCUGCAGCCAGAUCCUAAGACGGGAACUCAAUUAAAGAAGCCCCAGAUCGCUGAAGAAGCCGUGGCUGUGGUCGUUGCUGGGAGUGACAUCAGCAGUAUCUGUAUGAUCUUUAUCUUCUACUACUUACUGAUGAAUCAGGAAACGUAUAAAACGCUGCAAGUCGAAGUCGAUACACUUUGGGAUGGCACUAGUGAGCUCGAUGGACAACAGUUGGUUCUAAUAGGAGCACCUUAUCUGAACGGAGUUAUAAACGAGUCCUUACGCCUUGCCGAGCUAGAUCCGAACGGAAAUCAACGUUCAACACUGAAGGGCGGCCCCAUGAUCAAUGGAAAGUAUAUUCCCGGGUCAACCCAGCUGAGCAUCCACAAGUGGACAAUACAGCGAGACGAAAGAAAUGUCACUAGAGCGUUAGAGUUCAUUCCGGAGAGAUGGAUCCAUGAAGAAAGAGAGAAAAUAGGUCUGAACAACCAUAAUACCAAAGGCUAUCUGCCUUUCGGCGCUGGGAUAUACAGCUGCGUUGGAAAGCCUUUGGCACUUCUUGAAAUACGUCUGUUCAUUGUGCGAUUUAUGAGAAAACUGGAGCUGGAGCCCGCUCUUGAUUAUGACCUAGGGCGAUAUCCGUUCGAGGUCGCGUCAGGCUUGACGCUCAUGAAAAAACCUUUGCCGGUUAUGGUAAAAAACCGGGCGGUAUAA